CUCCUCUUCGCCAUGUCCCAGCGCGGCUCUCCUGCUGGCGGCUGCUAAGGCAGGCGGGCGACCGAGCGACCCCGUUCCUUGCUUGGGGUGCGUUUGGCGUGCGCUUUCGGGGAUGGGGGGCGCCUAAAGCCGGCCGUGGUGUGAGGAGAGCGGGGCCGGGACGAUCUUCGGGAAGCUGAGGCACGCAAGAAGCCAUGGAAGCGCAGUCGGUGUCUGGAAGUCCGUCGGUGGCGGCGGCGGCAACGGCAGCGGCUCCCGGCACCGGCGCUCUCCCCUCGGAACCGGCUAAGGAUACCGACCGCCAGCUGCGUCUUCGCCUCUGUGUCCUCAACGAGAUCCUGUGCACCGAGCGGGACUACGUGGGCACCCUGCGCUUCUUGCAGUCGGCUUUUCUGCAUCGAAUUAGACAAAAUGCGGUGGAUAAAGCCGAGAAAUAUAUAACAGAGGAAAAUGUCAAGAUUUUAUUUUCCAAUAUGGAAGAUAUACUUGAUGUUCAUAAUGACUUCCUGACUGCUUUAGAAUAUUGUUUACAUCCAGAACCUCAUUCUCAGCACCAAUUGGGAGAAGUUUUCUUAAAAUUUAAAGAAAAGUUCAUUGUAUAUGAGGAGUAUUGCAGCAACCAUGAAAAAGCACUCCGGCUUUUGAUGGAAUUGAACAAGAUCCCUCCUGUGAGAGCAUUCCUAUUGAGUUGCAUGCUUUUGGGAGGUAGAAAGACGACAGACAUUCCACUUGAAGGUUAUCUCCUAACUCCAAUACAGAGGAUUUGCAAAUACCCACUUCUCCUCAAGGAAUUAGCCAAGAGGACACCCACUAAACACCCAGAUUAUCAAGCGGUAUUGAAUGCGCUACAGGCAAUGAAAACAGUGUGCUCCAAUAUCAAUGAGACCAAAAGGCAGAUGGAGAAGUUGGAAGCUCUUGAGCAAUUGCAGUCUCACAUUGAAGGAUGGGAGGGCUCCAACCUGACGGACAUUUCGACGCAGCUUCUGCUUCAAGGAAACUUACUAAAAAUCUCAGCUGGAAACAUCCAGGAGAGAACAUUUUUUCUUUUUGAUAACUUGCUUGUUUAUUGCAAGCGGAAAUCCAGAGUUGCUGGGAAAAAAACAUCUAAGCGUACUAAGUCUAUCAAUGGAUCCCUCUACAUUUUCAGAGGGCGAAUAAACACAGAAGUAAUGGAGGUUGAGAAUGUGGAAGAUGGGACAGCAGAUUAUCACAGUAAUGGUUAUACAGUAACAAAUGGAUGGAAGAUACACAACACUGCCAAAAACAAAUGGUUUGUCUGUAUGGCCAAGACAGCAGAGGACAAACAGAAAUGGCUGGAUGCUAUAAUCAAGGAACGGGAACAAAGAGAAAGUCUGAAGCUAGGCAUGGAGAGAGAUGCUUAUGCUAUGAUUGCUGAGAAAGGAGAAAAACUGUAUCACAUGAUGAUGAAUAAGAAAGUGAAUCUUAUCAAAGACAGGAGGAGAAAAUUAAGCACUGUUCCCAAGUGCUUUCUUGGCAAUGAGUUUGUUUUUUGGUUGAAAGAAAUUGGGGAGAUAAGCAAACCAGAAGAAGGGGUCAAUCUGGGGCAAGCUCUGUUAGAGAACGGCAUCAUCCAUCAUGUUUCAGAUAAGCACCACUUCAAAAAUGAACAGGUGAUGUACAGAUUUCGCUAUGAUGAUGGAACAUAUAAGCCACGGAGUGAAUUAGAAGACAUCAUGUCUAAGGGUGUAAGGCUCUACUGUCGUCUGCACAGUCUGUACACACCAGUGAUAAAAGAUAGAGAUUAUCACUUGAAGACAUACAAAUCAGUGAUCCCAGCAAAUAAACUAGUGGAUUGGUUGAUUGCUCAGGGAGACUGUCAGACCAGAGAGGAAGCUGUGGCACUGGGAGUUGGGCUCUGUAACAAUGGUUUUAUGCAUCAUGUCCUGGAGAAGAGUGAAUUCAGAGAUGAAUCUCAGUACUUCCGUUUUCAUGCCGAUGAAGAGAUGGAAGGUACAAAUUCCAAGAGUAAGCCUCUGCGAAAUGACUUCAAGCUCACUGAAAACAUCUUAGCUAAAAGUUUGCUGGUUCUUCCAGAAGAGGAUGACUAUGGAUUUGACAUAGAAGAAAAGAACAAAGUCAUUGUGGUAAAAUCUGUUCGUCGGGGUUCACAUGCAGAGAUGGCGGGCUUGCAGGUUGGUCGAAAAAUUUAUUCCAUGAAUGAGGAUCUUGUGUUUCUGCGUUCAUUCCAAGAGGUUGAGACCAUCUUAAACCAGUCUUUCUGCUCUCGGCGGCCUCUUCGACUUCUUGUGGCCACCAAAUCUAAAGAGAUUAUCAAAAUUCCAGAUUCCAAUGACAAGUUGUGUUUCCAGAUAUGCGGAGAAGCACCACCCUAUGUCCAUGCUGUAGGGAGAGGAUCAGAUGCAGCAGCUUUGGGGCUUCACCCAGGCCAGUGUGUCCUGAAAGUAAAUGGAAAUAAUGUGAUGAAUGAAAAUUACACUGAAGUUCUGGAUCACUUUUCAUCAUACAGGAAUAGGCAGCAGGAAUUUCUGGGUUUCUACCAGUGGGUUUACAGAACGCAUGAAGAUGCUGAAGAAGAGAGAGCUCUUCAGGCAGCUUCAAACUCAUACCUGAAUGGAAGUCAUUCAGAAAUGCUUAAAGGAAACCAGUCAACUGAAGAAAAUUCAGAUCUUGAUCCCCUUAAUGACAGCCAGCAGGAAGAAGACUUGCCCCUUCAGACUUUUGAUUCUCCUCUGACUAUAAGAGAAGACACCCAUCUUAUAAGUCUAACAGUGGAUAAUGUCCAUCUAGAACAUGCUGUUGUUUAUGAAUACAUCAGCACUGCUGGAAUCAAAUGUUUUGUCCUGGAGAAGAUCAUUGAACCGAAGGGGUCCUUCAUCCUCACAGCAAAGAUAUUGGAGGCUUUUGCAACAGAUGACAGCAAUUUUGUGAAGAAUUGCAGGAGGCUCAUGUCCCUCAGCAAUGCAGUGGUCACCAUGCCACAAUAUGAGUUCCGACAUAUUUGUGACACAAAGCUAGAAAGCAUCAGCAGAAGAAUUGCCAGUUAUCAAGAGUUUGCAGAUGAGUUGAAAACGAAAGUCAGCCCAUCUUUCAAACGAGCCACAACAGAGCUUCACCCCUUGUGCAGCAUGGAUUUCUGCCCUACCAACUGCCACAUUAAUCUCAUGGAAGUGUCAUACCCCAAAAACAUUACCUCAACGGGAAGGUCAUUCAGCAUUCGCAUUGGGCGGAAGCCUUCCAUUAUUGGCCUUGAUCCAGAACAAGGAACCUUAAAUCCCGUCUCAUACACUCAGCAUUGCAUCACAACUAUGGCUGCACCGUCAUGGAGGUGUUUGACUCCAGAAAAUGAAGAUCUCAACCCACAUGGACAGUAUGAUGGUUACUGUGGGCAAGAGAAUGGAGGAAUCGCUCAGGAAGAUAGAGGUCUUGCUUUUCUGUUGAAACAAGAAGAUCGGGAGAUACAGGACUCCUACUUACAGCUCUUCAACAAGCUAGAUGUAGCAGUUAAGGAAAUGAAGCAAUAUGUCCUUCAGAUACAUAAGCUUUUGUCGACUAUCACAGAACCAACAGCAGAAGAAUUAUGUGAGCCUCCUUCCACAGAGGAGAUAUCCUCCACUUCUUUGGUUGCAGAUGAAAGUGACAUUGACAAAGCAGAGCAUGGCAUGAAGAAGGUGUGCUUCAAAGUAUCUGAAGAAGACCAGGAAGACUCUGGGCAUGAUACAAUAAGUUUCAGAGAUUCCUACAGUGAAUGUAACAGCAAUAGGGAUUCAGUCCUUUCCUAUACCAGUGUCCGGAGUAACAGCUCUUACUUAGGCAGUGAUGAAAUGGGAUCAGGUGAUGAACUUCCCAGUGAUAUGAGAAUACCGUCAGACAAACAAGACAAGCUUCAUGGCUGCCUUGAGCAUCUUUUUAACCAGGUGGAUGCUAUCAAUGUCCUUCUCAAAGGACCAGUAAUAAGCAAAGCUUUUGAAGAAACCAAACAUUUCCCAAUAGAUCACACUUUGCAAGAAUUUAAGCAGAAAGAAGAAACCACUAUACGGAGUAGGAACAAGAUUCAGAUCAGCAUACAGGAAGAUCCCUGGAAUCUCCCACUUCGCAUUAAAAAUCUUGUUGAUACAAUUCAGAAAUACGUGGAAGAUGGAAAGAAUCAGCUCCUGUUAGCUUUGCUGAAAUGCACAGAUACAGAACUGCAAGUGAGACGAGAUGUCAUCUUCUGCCAGGCCCUGGUGGCAGCCGUUUGCACGUUUUCAGAGCAGUUAUUGGGAGCACUCAACUAUCGAUACAAUAACAAUGGAGAGUAUGAAGAAAGCAGUCGGGAAGCCAGUAAAAAGUGGCUGGAGCAGAUAGCAGCCACAGGAGUGUUGCUCAACUACCAGUCCUCGCUGUCUCCCAGUGUGAAAGAAGAGCGAACCAUGCUGGAAGAUAUCCAGGCUACCCUUUCAGAGCUGGAUAAAGUUGCCUUUUAUUUCAAGCAGCUGGAUGAGUGUUUUGUAGCAAAUACUCAUGUCUUUUAUCAUGUGGAGGGAAAUCGGCAAGUUUUGAAAGUGACCUUAUUCCUGGAUAGUUACUACUUUUCUAAACUACCUACCCGAUUUCAGAAUGGAGGAAGUCUGAAAUUGCACGCAGUUCUCUUUACAAAAGUCCUUGAAAAUCUGGAUGGCCAAGUCCUACCAAAUGGGUCGCCUCAGGAGGAGCUUCAGCAUCAAAUCAAUUCCUAUUCUUUUGAGAAGGUGCAACAGUAUUAUCACAAGCUCAGGGCAUUUUACCUUGAACGAUCUAACUUGCCUACAGAUUCAAACACCACAGCUGUGAAAAUUCAUCAGCUUAUUCGGCCCAUCAAUGCAAUGCAGGAGCUUUGCAGAUUAAUGAAAUCCUUUAUCAGCACAAAAGGCAAUCAGUCUGGGUACUCUAGCAAUUAUGUAGCAGGGGCUGGACUGCUGCCUAUAUCUUCUGAAUUCUGCUACCGUCUUGGAGCCUGCCAGGUUGUAAUGUGUGGCACCGGAAUGCAAAGGAGCACACUUUGUGUGUCAUUGGAACAAGCAGCAAUAUUGGCUCGAAGUCAUGGACUCUUGCCCAAGUGUAUCAUGCAGGCAACAGACAUAAUGAGAAAGCAAGGACCAAGAGUUGAAAUCUCUGCAAAAAAUCUGAAAGUGAUGGAUCAGAUGCCGCAAUCUGCACCCCGAAUCUACCAGUUAUGUCAACCUCCUACAGAUGGAGACUUGUAAGAGGAAAGGAAACCGAUUAUCUUGGAGUCACAGAAGUGUUUAGCAGAGAGCAAUUCUGCCUGAGUACUGUCUUACGCCAGUGGUGCUGAGUCCAGAAGACAGGGGACAAUCCCAAUUUCUAUUUUUUAGAUAAGGUGCACUAGGGAUUUCUAUUUCCCCUUGUUUCCUGCGAAAUUAUGGAAUCAGACAUAUUUACUGUUUCUGGGCUCAAUGCAGAAGUUCACCUCUCUCAGGUUGCCUGACAUGGAACAUUGUGGAUUCUGAAUUUUGGAUGGGCAGAGAAAUGAUCCAAGCAAACCUACCUGCUAUGGUGUUUGGACUACAUAGAGUUUCUAGCAAAAUGUUGGCCAGUUGCCUUGAAUAAGAGUCUCACAAACACUCACUUGCACUUUGAAAUUUUGAAUGGCACACGUUCUCUGUUUUGUUCAAUUUUUUCACUUCAUAUUAAUAUGAACCAAGCUCAACUCUAUACAAUACACAUUCCAUAAGACUUUCUACAAGAAAUUCCUUUUAAUUUUUACUGUAAAGUUCAGAAGUUAACACAUUAAAAAAAACUAAUGGUCCAUUAUGUAUUCUGGAAAUACAGUUAUAUUUUACCAGUAAAAAUAACAAUGAAGGAUUUUUUUUUUAAAAAAGAAGUUGUUACAAAAGAGAAGCAAGGCGCAGCUAUUUGCUUCAAGUAAUUUAAACAUGAAGGUUUUUGAAGCAAUGACAGAAAUAUACUUAUUUAUAUGGCAAAGAAGAUCUGUUUUGGAAUAUGUUGCUAUAUAUGCAAGAUUUAAAUAAAAAAGUAUUUGUUUCAAAGGGGUCAAUAGACUGGUAGAUAUGUAGUAGUUUACUGAAAAUAUUAUUGUGAUAUGUAAAAUAUUUAAAACCUUGCAGUAUUUAAGUAGACUUUAAUCAGGUUUUUUU